GCGCCGGCAGGUGAGGAAGAGGCAGGACGAGGCGGAAGUGAAGAAGAGCGAGCCGCAGCGAAACACGUUAAGUAAGGAUUUUUCUCUAAGUGAGCGGACACAGCAGCGACACGAAUAUUACAGAUUAUGGGCGCGUAUAUCGGGCUGUCCCACUGUAAACUGGCUCUGGUCUUUGCUGUCUUCAUGGAUUUACUGGGUGGAGCCGCCCUGCUGGUGGGAGUCUUCGCCAAUCUGAAGAUGCAGGAGAGAGACUACGGAGACUUGUUGGUCUACACUGGGGCGCUGUUCGUGGUCAUGUCUCUGGCCGGGUGGGUGCUGUGGUACAGCGGAAACAUCGAGGGCCUGACGCCCGCAGAGGAGACGAAGCAAGGACACAUCAGCAGCGCCGUCGACCGCCUCGCCCGCACGCUCAGCCGUAAGAUCCGCACGCACGGGAACCGCUACUGAGCAGGAAACGCUUCCAUUUCCCACGCCUGCUGAUGAUUUCAGUAUUAAUGAGAAACACACACUGAAUCACACUGUUUGUGUACUGAAAGUGUUACAAACAAAAAAAGGUCCGACUGUUACAAAGCUUACUCAUUAUGGUUUAUUAUGAGCAGUAUUCUUAUUUUUACUAUUAUUAUUGGACUGUUUAACAAAGCAGUGGUGCCUUACUGGAUUUCAAUA